AUGUACCAGCACAGCCCUACCGGCGAGUAUCGGCUAUUGCUCUACCUGUCCGUGGCCGUGAAGUGGAUGUACAGUGCACUGCCUGAAGUUCAAGAGGGCUCCUACGUCUUCACGAUAGGCUCCGGCCAGCCGCCCAGGCACAUAGGGUGCCCCGACGCGGAGGAACUGAUAUGCAUCCCCGGUUCUGUUCUGUUCCAUGGUGGCCUGCAUUGGUAUACAAACCACGUGAUAAAGAUAUUUGACACCACCGCCGAGUCAUUCCGGCAGAUGCGCUCUCCGUUUGUUCGUGGCCACGCUCGCCUGUUUGAGGUGGACAGUAUGCUUGGCAUGUCCACUUUUAAUGCUGAAGCGACACAUGUUUAUAUCUGGGUGGUGCAAGAGCAAGACUACAAAGAUGAGGUCUGGGCAUUGAAAUAUCGGGUUGAAUUGCCGGUUUCGGAGAUCAGGGUGCAAUUUGGAAUGUUUGAAAUUAAAUAUUGUCGUGUGAGGGCCGAGUCUUGUGAGCGUGAUGUGCUCGUGCUGCUCGAAUUUGAUGAUUGGCUACUUCAAGUCGACAUCAAUGGCAAGUUGGUUGCCGGAUUCCAUCGCAGAGGCCUCAUUCGUACUCAAGUCCGGCUCAAACAAACUCUAGUUUUGCACACUUUCUUUACGACACUAGAAGAUUAUGUUGUGAACACUUUGCCUUCCGUUUGA